AUGCAACGUCACAGAGACACUCCAAGUCCUUUCCGUUUUGACUUUGGAUACACUUCAAAGCCUAAGCCGUCUUCUUCAUAUCUGGAACUCGAAGAAUCGUUUACUGCUGAUUAUGAUAUCACUUUGACCUGUCAAGAUUUCUUUGAACACGCCAAGAAAGUAUUCCCAGCGCUGCGCAUUUACACGUUCAACCAAUUUACUGCAGAAAAGCGUUAUGGUGGAAAUGAAAGUGAAGGAAAGAGCGCUGUCAUCUAUAUCAAGGGUAUGGCAAGACUCACUACUCCACUGUUGGUUGCUACUCAGUCGGGGGCCACGCUAAGAGAAGUGCUCAUCCCAAACAUUGGGCAGGUAGCAUUUCUUGGUACCUCCCGCUGGUCUCUACAAGACAGACUUACUACUCUUAUGGAUAUGAGUAAACUUGUUUGA